GAAAAACGCUUAGUACAAAAAUGGAAAACAACACAUCCAGAGUGGGGAAAGUGGUGGGACACAAAUGUGAUACCUGGGAGAGUUUUACAAGUAAUUUUACUAAAAGGUACCACACCUAUUGCUGAUGCUACCAUGCGACAACAAGAUAUCGUAUCAAAGUGCAAAGCAGAAAGUACAACUCACAUUUGGAUUAAUUUAAAGCCAGCAGGACGUAUUCUUGCUCAAGCUCGUCAUAUUACGGAUCUUGGUCAGUUUUGA